AUGGCCGACGCUCACGUUACCCUGCGGACUCGCAAGUUCAUCCGCAACCCUCUGCUGGCCCGCAAGCAGAUGGUCGUGGACGUCCUCCACCCCAACCGCCCCAACGUCUCCAAGGAUGAGCUCCGCGAGAAGCUGGCCGACCUGUACAAGUCCAACAAGGACCAGGUGUCCGUCUUCGGUUUCCGCACGCAGUACGGUGGCGGCAAGAGCACCGGCUUCGCUCUGGUCUACGACUCGCAGGAGGCCCUGAAGAAGUUCGAGCCUCACUACCGCCUGGUCCGCAUCGGUGCCGGCGAGAAGAUCGAGAAGCCCAGCCGACAGCAGCGUACGUCCCUCGCCCAUCCCCCAGUAACUUAG